AAAAACUAGAAAAAGAACUUAAAAAAUCAUUUAAAAAAGAUGGAAAAAAUAAACACCAGGCUAUCAAUAAAACAGAUCUACUAGAAGAUAACAACAUAGAUGAAAUGUGGGAAAUAAUACAGAAAGCUAUUCAAAGAGCAGCAGAAAACACGCUCUCCAAAAAGAAAAGAACACCAAAACUUCUAAAACUACAACCAGAAAAUAAAGAGCUAAAAAGUCUCAAAAGAGAUAUAAAGACAACUGGAAAAUGGUGUCGAAAGCUCAAAAAACUUGCAAAUAUAAGAGAAACUACAACUGACAGAGAAGACCCAACAGACAAGCUAGUGAAAGAAUAG